AAAAUUUAGUUCAAUGGUUCACCAACAUGUGAAAAUGUUGAUUUUACCUUGUUUGCUAAUCAUAUCAGCUACGUAUGGAUCUGCUGAUUCGCAGUUUGUUUAUGAUAAAAUGAAAUAUCAGGUGGAAGUGCAAAAAUGGUUGAAUAAAGUUGAGCCAACUUUGGGCGAAUUUAAAGCCCUAAUUAAUCGCCUUAAUUGGAACGAAGUGACAGGGGAUUACGAUGAAAAAUCCGCAAAGCAACUGAAAAAAUUAAUGGAAGUUAAAAAUUUAUGGAAGAAUAAAAUAUGCGAAGCAGAUUUUAAAUUCGAGUUUUUAACUGAAGAACAGGAGAGAAAAAUUCAUUUGUUUUGCAGAGGUGCCAAGUUUACCGAUGAUAUUUUGUUUCGUUAUUCAAAAUUAAUGCGAACCUUACUGGAAGAAUAUCAGGAUCCUGUUUGUCUACCACAAACUUCACCGUUAAAAAAUCAAGAUAUGUCUGACGAUUUCCCAAAACCUGGACAGUGCGUUAACGGAGAACCCGACCUUGAAAUUUUUAUGAGGAACACAAAUCAUUCUGUAGAAGAAUUAAAAUACAUUUGGACGUUAUGGCAUAAUUUUGUUGGACCUAGGAUAAAAAACGAUUUUUAUAUGGGGGUUAUGUUGCAGAACAUUGCUGCUAAGAAAAAUGGCUAUAAUGACAUGGGAGAAGUCUGGAGAGAGGAGCUUGAAAUUCCCGAUCUGGAAACAUACGUGGAAAACCUAUACAAAGAAAUUGAACCUUUUUAUGUAGCAUUGCAUGCUGUCGUCAGACACAAGCUGUAUAAGAAACACGGCAAAUUAAUUAUUGAUCUCAAAGGGCCAAUCCCAAUACAUUUAUUAGGUAAUAUGUGGGGGCAAGAUUGGUCGUCACUGAUCGACUUGUUUACAACGGAAAAGCAGAAAAUUAAUUUAGAUGAAAGAAUAAAAAAAGGACACCCGAAUGAGAGGACCUUGGUCUUGGAAGGAGAGGAUUUUUAUACUUCUCUGGGUUUUCCAAAGUUACCCCAACAGUUCUGGAAACAUUCCAUUUUUGAGAAAAUUAAUAGUACCACAGUUUGUCAUGGGUCAGCAGCAGAUUUAUAUUACGGAGAUUACAGGAUGGUUAUGUGUGGUGAAGUUUCAAUGGAUACGCUUCAUGUAAUCCAUCACGAAAUGGGUCACAUCUACUAUUUCAUGGCAUUUGAAAAUCAGGAUCCAAUAUUUAAGGACGGUAGUAAUAGUGCAAUCCACGAAAGCAUUGGAGACGCCAUAAUGCAUGGGGUAAUGACCCCCCAACAUCUCCACCGAAUCGGGGCUCUAAACGAUGAUGAACUUUACGACCCAGAUGUGGAAACUUUGCUGUUAUUCAAGCAGGCUUUGAACAAAAUACCCGAGCUCCCCUUUGCGUUGGCCUUGGAUAAAUACAGAUGGGACGUAUUUAAGGGAGCAAUUUCUUACGACGAUUUGAAUGGAGCUUUCUGGAAGUUAACCUUGAAGUAUAGAGGGGUUGUUGCUCCAGAAGAAAGAGGGGAGGAAUAUUUUGAUGCCGGUGCUAAGUUCCACGUCCCAGACAACACCCCGUAUAUCAGGUAUUUCUUGAGCGGCAUAAUCCAAAUGGAUAUUUUUAAAAGUCUCUGCGAGCUCUCCUUAUUCAACAAAACCAAUUACUUGAACGAAGAGAAUAUCCCGUUACAUAGGUGCGACAUCUACGGCUCUAAAGAUAGUGGAAAACGGCUUUGGUCUAUGAUGGAAAGAGGAGCUGGAAUUCAUUGGUCUGAAGCAAUGAAAAUAAUUACAGGCAAGGAUAAAAUUUCCUCUAAACCUGUUCUGGAGUAUUACAAACCUGUCUACACUUGGCUUCUGGAUUACAUUGAGAAAAAUAAUGUCUACAUAGGAUGGUAACUGGCCCAAUCAUUGACCUAUUAUAUUUAGUUCAGCAAUGAAUGUUUUAUUUCAUGUGAUUAAAAAAGUUAAUGUUUUCUAUGGGUUAA